CAACAGCAACAGCAACAGCAACAACAACAGCAACAGCAGCAACAACAACAGCAACAGAAGCAACAACAACAGGACGAUACGAAAUCGAAUACCGAUAAUGCAUCGUCUUGUUGUACUUCGCCUUGUUCAAUUCUAUCUACUCCAACCAGUAACAUCCAGUUUCCUAACACUCCGUCCCCUUCUCCUUAUCAACACGCGUCAGAAAACAUGAAUUCCACGCGAGAUAAUUCUUUUUAUCCUGACUUCCUUCAGUACGAAGAAGAACCUUUUAUUAUGACCACUAAUAAUAAAAGAAAACGAUUUGGAGAAGAAUCAGAUAUAUCAUUUUUAGAAAACGAUGCUAAUGACGAUGUAGUGAUAUCAAAGGAGAAGUCAACUACCAACAACAACGGAAAAUUGAUCAAUUCUGAACUAAGAAGGCAGAUUCAUAUUCAAUCUGAACAAAAAAGACGAGCACAAAUCAAGGACGGUUUUGAAGAUCUGAGAAACGAAUUGCCUAGUUGUCUAAACAAGAAAAUGAGCAAAGUAGCUCUUUUGCACAGAACUGUUCAACAUAUUCAGCACUUGAAGAAUACACAAAUGACUAUUUAUGCGGAACUCGAACGAUUAAUUACUGAAAAUGAGCAACUUAGAAAGUUCCAAGAAAAUGUAGUCCAGAAGCAAUCAUUGGAAAAGAUCUAUUCUUCUCUAUAAGCCUUGUAAAUCCCUUCCGAUCCUUAUUCUCCAUAUAAUCACACACAAACACACAAACACACUUAAGCUUGUAUAUGCCCUUUCCCUUCUUUUUUUUUUCCGACUGUAUGUGUUUC